AGGUCGCAGCAGUUACCAUCGCAAUAAGCGUACGUGUGUUUCCCAAUUAUUUUGGGAACUUCUUUAUUAUGGCAUAGUCAGUAAGUAUCCAUUUUCCCACUAUUCAGUAAUGGACCGUAUUUACUUUAGAGUGAAUGGUGUUGAGAGAUCGGUGGGAUGCGAGGUGAGCUCGGACCUGACGCUGGUGGACUACCUGCGGGACUGGCUGGAGCUGCGCGGCACCAAGUACAUGUGUCGCGAAGGCGGCUGCGGCGCCUGCAUCGUCGCCGCCUCCAAGUGCCCCGGCGCUCCUGUACAAGCUGUCAACUCGUGCAUGGUAUCGGUGACGUCGUGCCAGGGCUGGGAGAUCACGACAAUAGAAGAAGUUGGCAACAGGAAGAAAGGGUAUCACGAGUUGCAGAAGACUUUAGCCGAUAGCAAUGGGAGCCAGUGUGGGUACUGCAGUCCCGCAUGGGUGAUGGCCAUGUACAGCCUCAUCCAAAAAAAGAAAGACAUGACAAUGUUGGAAAUAGAACAGUCUUUCGGUAGCAAUGUCUGUCGAUGCACAGGCUACAGACCUAUACUAGAAGCGUUCAAGAAAUUUGCAAUAGAUGCUACGAAAGAUAAACAAAUUACUGAUAUCGAAGAUUUGCAAAUAUGUAAGAAAACUGGACAGAAUUGUUCCAAAGCUCCCUGUAAUGAAGAAGAGUGGUGCAUGAUAUCAGCUGAUGACUUAAAAGCACCACGCAUUUUAAAGAUUAAACUGAAGGAUGGUAAAAAUUGGUACAGAGUGUGUCAAGUAAAUGAUAUUUUCACUAUUCUGAAUGAAAAGGGAUACGAAUCCUACAUGCUCGUAUUUGGAAAUACGGCUAAAGGAGCAUACCCAAUAUUCGAAUAUCCUCGACAUUUGAUAGACAUCAGCGCGAUUGAAGAAUUAAAAACUUAUAGAAUAGAUCAAAACUUGAUCAUCGGAGCUGGACUGACUCUGACUGAAUUGAGAGAUAAAUUUGACAUUACUUCCAAAGAAGACUAUUUCGGAUAUCUAAAAACAUUAAGCGAGCAUCUCAAAUUAGUAGCUCAUAUUCCUGUCAGAAAUUUAGGUUCAGUCGGGGGUAAUCUUAUGAUAAAGCACGCACAUAACGAAUUUUCCUCGGAUUUGUUCCUUUUGUGUACAACUGUUGGUGCACAAAUUGUUAUAUUGACAUCGAGAGGGGAGAAGAAAACUCUGAAGAUGAAACAGUUUUUAAAAGAAGAUAUGAAAGGGAAGGUCAUAUUGCAAGUGAUGUUGCCGCCGUUAAGCAGUGAUUACCAUAUUGUCACUUAUAAGGUGAUGCCUCGUGCACAAAGUGCACACGCAAUAGUAAACGCUGGAUUUAUGUACAAACUAGAUGGAGGGGGUAUAGUAAAGCAGUGCAGGAUUGUCUACGGCGGAUUGUCAUCAGUUUUCAUCACAGCCUCGAAAACUAAAUCUUAUCUAAUUGGAAAGAAUCUUUUCACCAAUGAAACGUUGCAAGGUGCUUUGAAUAUUUUGGAAAACGAGUUAGUGGUAACGAAUAAUCCGCCAGAACCAUCUGUGGAUUACAGAAAACAGCUGGCUUUAGGCUUGUUCUAUAAAAGUGUUCUAUCUCUAUGCCCAACAAACAUACUCGGAUCUCAGUACCGAUCCGGGGCGACCAAGAUUCAUGAAACACGACCGGUGUCAGAAUCUCGGCAAAUGUUUGAUACCAAUACCGAGUUGUGGCCUUUGAACCAACCGAUACCUAAGGUCGAUGCAUUGGUACAAUGUGCUGGGGAAGCAAAGUAUGUAGAAGAUAUUCCAACCGUACCUGAUGAAGUACACGCAGCGUUAGUUCUCAGCACCGUCGCUGUAGGAGAUAUUGUGGACAUAGAUGCAAGUGCCGCUCUAGAAAUUCCAGGAGUAAUUGCAUUCUACUCUGCAAAAGAUAUACCUGGACAGAACACAUUCACGCCAACUGGUUUUAUACUGUAUUUGGCUGAUGAGGAAAUAUUUUGCAGCGGAAAAGUCAAAUAUUACAACCAACCAAUUGGCAUGAUCGUAGCUGAAACCCGACCAAUUGCAGAACGUGCUGCCAAACUAGUCCAGGCUACUUAUAGGAAUGUCAAAAAGCCAGUUCUUAAUAUAAAAGACGCUAAAAAAGAAUCUAAAAGAAAUACCUCAUAUUUGUCCCUUAAAGCUGCAACUAAAGGGUUCGAUGUAAAGAAAGUAAUCAAAGGAGAAAAUGCCAUUUACGGACAAUACCAUUACAUGAUGGAAACGCUGGUAAGCGUAACGACACCGACAGAGGAAGGACUGGCUCUGUACCUGACAACGCAUUGGAUCGAUGGCGCUCAGAUGGUUUUAUCAAGAGCAUUGAACUUGAAAUGCAACAAGAUAGAUAUUCACGUGCGGCGUCUAGGAGGAUCAUUUGGCAUCAAAAUAUCUCGAAGCAUCCUCAUUGCUGUAGCGAGCAGCUUGGCGACGUUAAAGCUAAAUAAACCUUGUCGGCUAAUACAACCUAUGACUAGCAAUAUGAGGGCUCUAGGCAAGAGAUUCCCAUGCUCUACAGACUUCCAGGUUGCAGUGAAUAGUGCUGGAGUUAUCCAAUACAUGGAUUACUUCCUCUAUGAAGACAAUGGGCAUAUAAUCAACGAGAAACUUUCAAUACUUGGUGUCGAAGCGUAUAACAACUGCUACGACAGCUCAAAGUGGAACGUCGAUUGUUACGAUACUAUCACCGAUACUGCGAAAACCACGUGGUGCAGAGCCCCAGGUACACUAGAAAAUAUUGCAAUGAUCGAACAGGUCAUGGAACAAAUUUCUUACGAGAUGGACAUAGAUCCGUUGGAAGUUAGAUUAGCAAAUUUGGACAUAAUAAGAUACAGCGAGUUAAAAGAAAUGACUACAACUCUGACCGCGACUGCUGACUAUGCUCAACGAAAAUUAGCCGUCAAAGAAUUCAAUGCUCAAAACAGAUGGAAGAAACGUGGUAUAGGAAUAACUAUGAUGAAGUGGACUUCUUUAGGAUUUCCAUACUUCGACGUUACUGUUUCAGUUUUCCAUGAGGAUGGAAGUGUGGCAAUCAUUCAUGGUGGUAUAGAUAUGGGCCAAGGUGUGAAUACUAAAGCUGUGCAAAUUUGUGCCUACAUACUCAAAAUUCCCAUAGAAAAAAUACAAAUAAAGGCAACUAAUUCUAACUUCACGCCAAACAACAUGAUAUCUGGUGGUAGUCUCACUUCUCAAAAUAUUGCGAUUGGUGUCAAAAAGUGUUGUGAAGAACUGUUACUGAGAUUGACUCCAAUCAAAAUUGCGUUGGUCAAUCCGACCUGGGAAGAACUAAUAGCAACUGCAUUUGCCGCGAAUAUAAAUUUACAAGUUCACUCAUUCGUUAACAUAACUGAUAUUGUUCUGUAUAAUAUAUUCGGCAUGGCUAUAGCAGAAACUGAAGUGGACGUGUUGACGGGAGAGAUGGAGAUCCGCAGAGUAGACAUACUGCAGGACGUGGGACAGAGCGUUAGUCCUGAGAUUGAUAUCGGCCAAGUGGAAGGUGCUUUUAUGAUGGGCGUGGGAUAUUGGACCUGUGAGAAUUUGGUUUACGAUAAAAACUCAGGAGAAUUACUGACAGAUCGCUCCUGGAACUAUUCCGUACCAUUAGCAAGAGAUAUCCCGCAGGACUUUAGGGUGUCCUUCAGGAAGAAUUCCUACAGUAACAAACAAAUACUCGGUUCUAAAGGCACUGGCGAACCGCCUAUAUGUUUGGCGGUAGUGGUACCCUUCUCGAUCAGGGCAGCAAUCGCAGCGGCGCGAGAAGACUCCGGGAUACCUACCACCAACUGGUUCCAAAUCGAUGGGCCCUACACUGUCGAAAAAAAUUGUUUAGCAUGCAACAACAAAAUAAAGGAUUUUAAGCUUUAUUGAAAUAAGGAAGUUUGUUAUAAUUGCGCAUUUUACUUUUAGAAUUAGAAUUUUUGGUUCAAGAUUAUAAAAAAAAUCUUUUAUAUAGUAUAUUGGCUUAUGUCUAAAUAAAUUUCCGGAGCAUCGACAUAUAUUUUAAUAAUCAUUCAUCAUAAUUUCAAAUUUGAUAUAUAAAAUGUUGUUGA